AUGAAUGGGCAACAAGGCUUCUCGUCAUCAUCUGCAUCAUCUUCGUAUUCAUUCAACAACGGGAGCAAUGGUCAUCAGGUGAGCCACAAUUCUUUGGCAGCGUCCCAGUAUAGCGGCAGCUCAACUUCAAACAGCAGUAGUGCUGCAUCACAGCCAAUUCUUUCACUAUUGCGGAAAUUGAUUCAAAUUAACAUCCCAAAGAAUCGGAAUCAAUCAAAUGAUGAUUAUGAACGAUAUGCAAACAAGCAAUUGAGAUUUUUAAUUUCCUUGUUAUCAAGCCGAAUUUCACCAACGCUCAUACAAACACAAGAUCAAAUUUUGCUAACUGAAACAAUUAAAAAGAGAUUGAUGAGAGAAAACAAAUCGGACAUGGUGUUUCAAUUUUCACAACUAUUUCAUAGACUCAACACUAAAACUAUUAUCCAACAUAAAUUUAACCUCGUAUAUUUAUUGAACUCUUUAGGAACUCAUAACUACGCUAACGAUCAUUCAUCAUCUUCCAUACCCAUGUCCCUUAAUGCAUCAUUUCAGGACAAUCUUUUCAAAUUGAAUAGUACACAUAGCUCGGAAAAGCAAGUUCAACAAGACCUGCUAAUUCAUUCUAACAUGGAAUCAACGAAUAAGCAGAAUAAUAGUUUUCAACAAUACAAACAAGUAGCUUCAGAGCAAGAAAACACACGCUUUGAAGUUGCUGAAUCUACACUGGUUCGAGACAUUGUUUAUACAUUCCAAGGAAUUGACGGUCGAUAUAUCAAAUAUGAUUUAGCAUCAGAGAGAUUUAUUGUGGAUACAAAAAUUGGAAUUCCAAAAUCCACUAGGCUAUUAAUGAGCAAAUUAUCAGAGCUUGGAUGGCUAUACAAAAAAGUGAAAAGUUUUGUUGACGCUGGCACUUUAAACAAAUCGUCAAAUGGUUUAGUGAUGCAAAGUUUAUGCUCAUCCAUCGAUAAAGAACUUGUGGACUAUUAUAAAACUAUAUCCUCGUUGGAAACACAGAUUGAGAGUCAAGAAAACACGAAUACGCCUGUCACUUUUAGAAGAUUGGCCAUAUGGGCAAUUGAGCCAACUGAAAUUUUGAAAAAUUUAGCAAUUCUUACGGACUCGUGCAAAUUGAAAAGAGGAGGCAAUCUCAUUUCUACCAUUUACAAAUAUAUAAGGCACGGAGAUCCACUGAUACAUCAACUUUUCUCUCGUAUUUUAGAAAGUACUUCCUCUCCAAUUUUUAAAAUGAUCAAAAGCUGGGUUGUUGAUGGGGAAUUGGAGGACCCAUAUGGCGAAUUUUUCGUAAAAUCCAAUCCUGAAGUGAACAUUGAUAAGCUAUGGAGUAGAAAAUAUGUUAUAGAACCAGACAUGGUACCGUUAUUCAUUGACCAAGAGCUAGCAUACAAGAUACUAAGAACAGGAAAGAGCAUCAAUUUUAUUAGGCAAUGUUGCAAAGAUGCUGAAUGGGCCAUGGACUCUCAUACCAUUUCUACCACAGAAGGGUUAGGGUUCUAUAACAUUUCAAAACUGGAAAAUGUUGUGGACAAUGUUGCCAAGGUUGCAAAUAGGAGAGUAACGGAGCUCGUUUUUAACCAAUACAAAUUCAUGAUGCACUGUACAGCUAUCAAGCAAUAUUUGUUGCUUGGUCAAGGAGAUUUUAUUCAACAUUUGAUCGAACUCUUAAAUGAGGAUCUCAACAAACCUAGCCAUGCUAUUUUCAAGCACAAUCUUCUUGGCCUUUUAGAGAGCGCUAUCAGAGGAUCAAACGCUCAAUACGAUGAUCAAGAUGUCUUAAAUAGACUCGAUGUACGGUUGAUGCAACCUAAGGAUUCCUCUCCUGCAGACAAUGGAUGGGACAUAUUUUGUCUAGAUUACAAAAUUACGGUUCCUCUUGAUACCAUUUUCUCAAAAGAAGUGAUUAAUGUCUAUCUGAGGAUAUUCAAAUUUUUGUGGAAUAUUAAGAGAGUUGAAUUGUCAUUGAACGAAAAUUGGAAGAAGGUAGUGAAUUUAAUACGAUCCAUACCAUCUCGAAAGCAUGUGUUCAUUAUUACACAACUCAAGAAUGCUCUCAAUUUCUCAAUCCUGUUACGUCACGAUAUGAGUAGAUUUUUGGGAAGCUUGCAAUUUUAUUUAAUGUUCGAAGUCCUAGAAUCGGCAUGGGAUCAAUUCCUUACCGAUAUCAAAAAGCUUCGUGAAAGCGACGGCGAUUUAGACCAACUUCUUGCUGCACACUACAAGUAUCUUAGCAAAAUUGUGGACCAAUCAUUCCUCAGCAAAUCACAACAAAAUACUCGAUUACAGGUUGAGCAAACAUUGAUUACCAUGAAUAAGUUUGUUGGAUUGCAAAGCAUUCUGUGCUCCGUUGCUAGUAAUAUUCUUUGUCAGGUGGAAAAUUAUAUGGAAGAGGAGGAUGAUCCAACUCAAGAUUUCCUCUCUGAUGACAAGAAGGAGCAAUUGAACAGUUUGCAACAGUGCCAUUCACAACUUCACAUGGUAAAGACGUCUUUUGAUAGUCUUUCUGCCGCCAUCAAUCUCAAAACUGAAAAUUAA